ACUUGAAAGUUAAUGAUUUCCUUUGAUGAACCCGGACAGUAAGACUUUACUUUUAUUAUCAAUUUUAAGCACAUUUCUUUCGUCGUACAAACAUUAUAAUACAAGAUGUUAACAGUGUUAGAUGCAAUGCGGAUUUAUUGAUUACCAGUGUAUUUAAUACUUGUACAACAGACUUAACUUGGAUAAUGACUUUAUUUUGUAAAUAUAUCUAUUAGUUAACCUUGUUUAUACUGUUAGCAAUGGGGAUACUAAAUAGCUGUCUAUCCUCUGAAAAUGAAGAUUAUGAACAUGUAGAGAGGGUCAUUACAAGUGAAAAUAGGAACACACAUGCACCCUUACCUUACGAAUUUGUAGAGAGCGGAUGUACAGAAAAACACGUGUCUGAAUCCACGGAAAAUAUAUUAAAGUUAUUAGAACCAAUUAUUAACAUAAUUAAAUCAUCUUCUCGACCAAAAGUGACACCAUUCAAGUUUAGACAUGGACGAAAAGGCGUGGUACGGAUAGCAAGUUGGAAUGUAGAAAGAUUCGAUGAAGAAAAGGCUGAUAAUCCAGGAGUUAAAGAAGUUGUUUGUAUGACAAUUCUAGAAAAUGGAUUUAGUUUAAUUGCAUUUCAAGAGCUUGCUGAUGUAAAGGCCCUGGAAAAGAUUUGUGAAGAACUGAAUAACCCAUCUUUGUCCUGUACAAAAGAUUGGACAGGACACCGUGGCGAGUGGCAGUAUGUCGUAUCAGAUGCUACUGGGAGGAUGUACCGAAGUAUGGAGUACAAUGGCUUUUUAUACGACACCGCAAGGGGGAUAACAUUAAAUCAUUCAGCGUUGCUGGAAAAACCAAAUAACUCACCUAAACCAUUUACUAGGUCACCAUUUAUAGGAACUUUUAAGAUUAAGAAAUUUGAUUGUAUAAUUGGGAGUGUACAUCUUAAAGCUACGGGUCUAGAUAAUGAAGAUUUGGAAAGGCUUCAGAAAGAGAUAGAUAAAGUACCUGAAGUGAUAGAUGCCAUAGAACAACAAUACCCAGGAGAAGAAGAUAUCAUUAUAUUAGGAGACUUCAAUUUAGAUCCAAAAGAAGAAGAUUUUGAUAUUAUGAGAGAGAAAGGAUAUAGUAAUUGUGUUCCAAUUGGUGUUUUUACGAACGUCAGCAAUAGCAACCCUGAAGGUAGCAAGAUUUAUGAUCAUAUAUGGAUAAGUAGCAGAACACAUAAGUCAUUUUCAGGUAAUUCAGGUGUUAUAAGAGAAAAUCUUACUAGUCCAUUGAUACCUAACGGAUGGUCGUGGGGAGGUGUUGUCAGUGACCAUUGCCCAAUUUGGACAGAGCUAUACACAGGGAAAGACUACGACUCAGCAGAUCUGAGAAUUGUUCCAGAUACAAGCUUUACGCUUACUGGUCGAUAAAACGAUGUGUAUCAAAUUUCAAAUUACAUCAAACGUUGAAGAUAAUUGCUGUCUACAGAAAUCGUUCACGCACUAUCUGCUUGAGUUAUCGUAUUUUAAAAUAACCCCUGAAAUGACUCAUGAUGCGUACAUCUAUCGGAUGGGGCAUAUGUUAGUACCAACAAGAUGUUAAUGUAAACUUUUUGGAAGAACAACUGAAUUAAAUAUAGGCACUGGC